AUGGUGGUUAUGGUGGUUGUGGUGUUUGUGCUGGCAGUGGUGGUCGUGGUCGUGGUGGUGACAGUGGUCGUUGUUGGUUAUGGUGGUGGUGGCAUUUAUGGCGGUGGUGGGGGCGGUGGCAGUGGUUAUAGCGGCAGUGGUGGUGGUUCAGGUGAUGGUGGCGGCGGUGGCAGUGGCGUCGCCGAUGGUGGUGGUGGUGGUAGCGAUUAUGGUGGUUGUGCUUGUUGUGGUUGUGGCGGUUCUGGUGGCAGUGAUGACGCCAGCGGUGACAAUAAUGGUGGUGGCGGUGGUGGUGGUGGUGGUUUAGGUUGUCGGGGCGGCGGCGAUGGUUGUUAUGGUUGUGGUGGUGGUUGUGGGGUGGUGGUGCUGGUGCUAGUGGUAGCGGUAGCGGCGGUGGUGGUGGACGUGGCGCGGUGGCGGUGGUGGCAUGGUAGAGGCGAUGGUGGUGGCAGUGGUGGUGGUGUUUGUGGUGGCAGCGGUGGUGGUGGUGGUUGUGGCGGUGGCGGUGGCGGUUGUGUUUGUGGUGGUGGUAGUGGUGGCGGCGGCGGCGGUGGCAUCAGCGGCGGUGGUGUCGAUGAUGGUGGUGGUGGUUGUGGUGGUUGUGUUGGUGGGUGUGGUUGUGGUGCUUGUGGUGGUGGUGCUUGUGGUGGUGUCAAUGGUGGUGGUGUUGAUGAUGGUGUUGGUGGUUAUGGUGGUGGUGGUGGUAGUGGUUGUUGUACCAGUGCGGUGGUGGUGGUGGUUGUGGCAGUGGUGGUAGCGGUUGUGGUUGUGGUGGUGGUAAAGGUGUUGGCGGCGGCAGUGGCAUCAGCGGCGGUGAUGUCGAUGAUGGUGGUGGUGGUUGUGGUUGUUGUUGGUGCUGCUUGUGGUGGUUGUGGUGGUGGUGGUGGUGGUGGCUGCGGCGCGGCAGCGGCGAUUGUGGUGGUUUUGGUGGUGACGGCGUUGGUGGUGGUGUUAGUGGUGUUUGUGCUGGCGGUGGUGGUCGUGGUUGGUUAUGGUGGUGGUGGCAUCUGUGGCGGUGGUGGGGGCGGUGGCAGUGGUUAUGGCAGCGGUGGUGGUGGUGGUUUAGGUGAUGGUGACGGCGGUGGCGGUGACGUUGACAGUGGUGGUGCUGGUGGUGGUGGCGAUUGUGGUGGUUGUGCUUGUUGUGGUUGUGGCGGUUCUGGUGGUAGUGAUGGCGGCGGCGGUGACAAUAAUGGUGGUGGUGGCGGUGGCGGUGGUGAUGACAGCUGUUGCAGUGGUUAG